CACAAACGCCAUGUUACGCCAAAUUUUCAAAGGGUGUUCGACGCGACUCCUUAGUAGAACCGACUAGACCAAGAAUGGUCACCGAAAUCCCUGGACCAGAGUCCUUGAACCAGCUGCACCAACUAGACCAAAUUCAGAACACAGAUGCGGUAGCGUUUUUCGCAGACUACGAUAAAAGUUGUGGAAAUUACAUCGUGGACGCAGACGAUAAUGUGAUGCUGGACUUGUUCACCCAAAUGGCGUCCAUUCCUAUUGGAUAUAAUCACCCGAAACUGACAGAGGCGAUAAGCAAAAAGGAAAACUGGAGUACUUUCAUCAAUCGACCUUCACUGGGAAUUUUCCCCCCAGACAACUGGAACCAACUCCUCAAAGAGGAUCUCUUAUCGGUUGCCCCUUUGGGUAUGAAACAAGUCCAGACCAUGUCUUGUGGUUCCUGUACAAUAGAAAACGGACUAAAGGCCAUGUUUAUAGCCCACGAGAGAAGAAGGAGAGGCGGGGCGCCACCAACACCGGAAGAAAUGUCCUCUUGUAUGUGUAACUUGCCACCAGGUAGCGCUGAUAUCACCAUUCUGUCCUUUACAGGAGCAUCACACGGCUGGACACUGGGUGCGCUUGCGGCAAGUCACGCUAACUGGAUGCAGAAGUUGGAUCUGAGAACCAUGAAGUGGCCAGUGGCGACUUUUCCCUCACUGAAAUAUCCUCUGGAGGAAUACGAGACGGAAAACAGAAUGGAAGAGGAGCGUUCAUUGAGUGAGGUAGCAGAUAAAAUAGAGCAGUACAAGAAAAAUGGCCGCCCUGUUGCCGGGUGUUGUAUAGAACCUGUGCAGUCAGCAGGGGGAGAUAACCACGCCAGCCCGUGGUUUUUCCGGGAACUCCAGAAAAUUUGUAAACAUAAUAGUGUAGCUUUGUUGAUGGACGAAAUCCAGACAGGGUGUGGAUCGACAGGAAAGUUUUGGGCUCACGAACAUUUUGAAUUACCCGAGCCCCCGGACCUCAUGGCCUUUGGUAAAAAGAUGCUUGCGGGAGGGUUUUAUUACCGGGAGGAAAUGAGGCCACUGGAGCCUUUUAGAAUUUUCAACACUUGGGUAGGUGACUCCUCUAAGAUUGUGUUGUUGAGGGCUGUUUUAGACAUGAUCAAGGAGGAUAACCUGCUAGCUCUCGUGUCUGACACGGGGACACACCUCCUUAAGGGACUAAGGGAUAUUGAACGAAAAUAUCCUUGCUACAUCAGUAAUGCCCGUGGCCUUGGAACACUGUGUGCUUUGGAUUUUCCAAACAAUACUGAAAGAGAUAAAAUUAUUCAUGGUCUACGAAAUAGGGGUGUAAACACCGGCCCCAGUGGGGACAGGUCCAUCAGACUUCGACCUUCCUUGACCUUUACAAAGAGCCAUGCUGACAUUUUCUUGGAGAUAUUUGAAUCAACAAUAGAAAACAAAAUGGCAUGAUUAAAAAUAUUCCCUUGAUCGGUUUACUCAAAGCAACUUUUUGGUCGAAAGUCUAUAAUACAGAUGCCC